GCGAAAGACGUAGCUCGGGUGCGACUCGGGUUCGUGUGUGUUUUAAAACAACUGCGGUUUGAAGACGCGCAGACGGGACUAGGUGUCGCGGCGGAGGGAUACUAAAUCCAGAGCGCAACAGACUACCGGCGCACAGUUCGCCGCUGAGCUCCAGCCAGACGGACCAAGUGCGCUAAAACUGCGGGCUUCGACUCCGAGAUGCUCCUGUGCGCAUUUUAACAAGCAAAACAAGUCACGUUUGGCUAAAUAACGCUCGAUUUCGAACACUUUGGGCCGCCGUGAGGUUCAGCUGCUGCCGUGUUUUCGUCCAAAACCGACGGACUUCGCGACACUGGACGGACUUAACUGAACUCAAGAUGUCAAUUCUGCCUUUCACUCCCCCCAUCGUCAAGAGACUCCUGGGCUGGAAGAAGGGAGAGCAGAACGGCCAGGAGGAGAAGUGGUGCGAGAAGGCGGUGAAAAGUCUGGUGAAGAAGCUGAAGAAGACAGGACAGCUGGACGAACUGGAGAAAGCCAUCACCACCCAGAAUGUCAACACGAAGUGCAUCACCAUACCGAGGUCCCUGGACGGCCGUCUGCAGGUUUCCCACAGAAAAGGUCUUCCCCACGUCAUCUACUGCCGUCUGUGGCGCUGGCCCGACCUGCAGUCCCACCACGAGCUGCGGGCGGUGGAGCUGUGCGAGUACGCCUUCCACACCAAGAAGGAUGAAGUGUGCGUCAACCCGUACCACUACCAGAGAGUGGAGACACCCGUGCUCCCUCCAGUGCUGGUGCCCAGACACACAGAAAUCCCCAGCGAGUUCCCACCUCUGGAUGACUACAGCCAUUCAAUCCCAGAAAACACCAACUUCCCCGCUGGCAUCGAGCCCCAGAGCAACUACAUACCAGAAACGCCGCCGCCCGGCUACCUCAGUGAGGAUGGAGAGACCAGCGAUCACCAGAUGACCCACAGCAUGGACACGAGCUCCCCAAACCUGUCGCCCAACCCCGUCUCACCCACACACAGCAACUUAGACCUGCAGCCAGUGACGUACUGCGAGCCGGCCUUCUGGUGCUCCAUUUCCUACUACGAGCUGAACCAGCGAGUAGGAGAAACUUUCCACGCUUCUCAGCCCUCGCUGACGGUCGACGGCUUCACGGACCCCUCCAACUCGGAGCGUUUCUGCCUCGGCCUGCUGUCCAACGUCAACCGCAACGCAGCUGUGGAGUUAACACGCAGACACAUCGGCCGCGGUGUUCGGCUGUACUACAUCGGAGGAGAAGUCUUUGCCGAGUGUCUCAGCGACAGCGCCAUCUUCGUCCAGAGCCCCAACUGUAAUCAGCGCUACGGCUGGCACCCCGCCACGGUCUGCAAGAUCCCUCCAGGAUGUAACCUGAAGAUCUUCAACAACCAGGAGUUUGCCGCCCUGCUGGCCCAGUCGGUCAACCAGGGCUUUGAGGCGGUGUACCAGCUGACCAGGAUGUGCACCAUCCGCAUGAGCUUCGUCAAGGGCUGGGGAGCCGAGUACAGGCGACAGACGGUGACCAGCACCCCCUGCUGGAUCGAGCUGCACCUGAACGGACCCCUGCAGUGGCUGGACAAGGUGCUCACACAGAUGGGCUCCCCGAGCAUCCGCUGCUCCAGCGUCUCUUAGGGGAAAGCCUCCAUCCGCCAGCGACUGAAAACACACACAGACUGCAUGCAGACGAGAACUGAAAGCCGACGAGCCCCCCCGCCCUCAUCCAGCCAGCGUUCCUCUGCCCCCCCCCACCAGCUGUCAGUAGCACUUUUAUAUACAUGUUGUUUGUGGCUAAAGGGGACAAGUGCAUUAAUGCAGUACCGUGUUAGGAGCAUCUCCACGUUAUUAUGUCCAGAUUUAUUUUAAUGUUUCUAAUCUUUGGCGUCUGAGUGCCAGAGAAGCUGAUGAACUUUCAUUUUUCUUGAUUUUCACGUCAUUUUUUUGUACAGAUUUUAGGGUAAACCCUGGAAUUUAAAAAAAACAAAUGUUUUUAAGCAUUAUUCUCUCAUUUGUAAAGCGUGUUGUAGAUCAUGUUUAUGCAUUUCACUCGAUGUUGUUUCUGUAUUCGGGCAUUCGACAGCUUAUGAAGACUUUUACGGAGUUGAAACGGUCGACCAUCCUUUGUGAACUGAAGCGUGUGAAGGAAUCUACAGGUAGAGCAGGAGGAUCUGUCCUGGCUUCAAGGAACACGACAGGAUGUUUAACCCACAUGUUGUCCUCAUUUAUAAAACAUAUGGUUUCCUUGUAUGAAAAAAAUUCCCCAAAUUUCUGAAAAAAUUUGCAAAAGUUUCAGGGAAAAAACUCCAAUAAUAAGUUAUUUUUUUAAAUUCCCCAAAUUUCUGAAAAUUUGCAAAACUUUCAGGGAGAAAACUCCAAUAAUAAGUUUUUGUUUUGGUUUGUUUUUUUAAAUCCCUCAAAUUUGGUAAAAAGAUUCUUGUAAAUAUUUACUUAAAAUGAGUAAAAAUCUUCCAAAAAAAAAAUCCCAAAAAUAUCUAAAGUGAUUCCAUAUUUAUCAGUAAACUUCUAAUAUUUUUUUAAGAACAUUGACAUAAAAAUCAACCAAAAUCCGCGCUGGAUUUUGGUUGAUUUUUAUGUGAAUGUUCUUAAAGAAACAUUUUUAACAUUUGUUUUUUUCCACCUAAAAAUGUUCAAAUUUUUUUUUGAAAAUGUGGACAUCAGAAGUUUCACUGUGAAAAUCUGUAUUUUUCCCACAUUUUUAAACUUUAAAAUGAGUCAAUUUUGACCCGCAGGACGACACGAGGGUUAACCGCACGUUUGAACAAAGAGAAUUCACAGAAAGAGGAAAGAAUCAGUCAAACUUAAAGUUGUUCCUCUCUUUGAGCUGUAGUUUGAGCGACAGCAGCUCUGGAGAACCUUAAAGACGGAGGGAUUCAUCCAGAUCCAUCAGGAGGACGAAGCUCUUCUGUGGAAAUAUUCCAGUGAUGGCAGAGGUCAGAGGUGAAAUAUAUCCUGCACUCAUUUCAGGAAGCUUUGCCAAUUUGCAAAACACUUUUGCAGCGUCGUAUUGAGUAGCAUGUGUAUAUAAUAAUCAUAUUUACACCGGACUUGAAAACAUCUCACAUACUGUAACUAAUCUGCAGACUUUAGUUCAACUACAGAUCGAACACGUGUAGAGAGAGCAGGAAGAUGCCUUCGCUUUUCUGAACCUGUAAAACCCCUGUAAAAAUUUUUUGUUUUAUAUAUAUAUAUAUAUAUAUAUAUAUAUAUGAAUCUCUAAACCCCAAAUAUAGAAAAAAAUAUCAGAAAUGUUAUAUAUAUGUAUAGUUAUAUAGACAAACAUGAUCUGAAACAGUAAUAAUUGUCAAAAAAAUUGUCAAAAUCUUUCUAAAAUUACCUGAAAUUUGGAUAAAAUGAGAAAUAAUUAUCAAAAAUUCGUCAAAAUUGGCCUGAAAUGACACGAAACUCAACCAAAAUUAGUUAAAAAUGUCCAAAGCGACUCAUGAUUUGUCAAAAGAUGACUUGACACCUGUCCAAAAUGAGUCCAAAUGUUUCUAAAAUUACUUGAAAUUUGGAUAAAAUGAGAAAUAAUUAUCAAAAAUUCGUCAAAAUUGGCCUGAAAUGACUUGAAACUCAACCAAAAUUAGUACAAAUGUCCAAAGCGACUCACGAUUUGUCAAAUGAUGACUUGAAACCUGUCCAAAAAUGAGUCAAAAUGUUUCUAAAAUUACCUGAAAUUUGGAUAAAAUGAGAAACAAUUGACACAUUUUUUUUUUUUUUUCCAUAUUUGGGUUUUCCAGAGUUCAUAUUCUCUCAGCAGUCGAUAACUUUGGUCUUACUUUUAGCCAUGCUGACUUUUUGCACACUCAGGACCGUAGAAAAAUGAAACAGAACCCAGUGGGACGGACAGACGCAUGACUGGAGACUCUACAGUCUGUUUUGCUACCAGUUGUUUUUGUAGGACGAUGAGGCGAGAAGUUUGUCCGCUGACAGUGUUUUUGCGUGACGUGAUGGAAGAUACUGCUGGCAGGUUUGGAGAUACUGACCGUGUGUUUUUCUGCCUGUGAAAGCGAGGCAGUUUGAGUACAAAGGGAAAUGUUUAGACGAAUAGAAGCAUGUAAAUAAAUACCAGUCGCUUCUCAAAUCACAUGUUUUUUUUAGGUCUAUGUACAUUUAGUACAUACGUGUUGUAAUGCGACCAUUAACCUUUAUAAUGUUGAUGGUUUUGAGCAAAAAAGAACAAAAGUAAAAGUUAAAAAAAGCUUAAAUAAUGUUGGGAAAGCCGUUGCUGACGUGGAAAAGUCCCAGCUUUGGUCCCGUUUCCUCUCAGUGGACGGAUUUCCUCCUGCUUCUUUAACACUAGACAAAGACUCAGCGGGGAGAAAAAACAAUUCUCUGAAUCUUCUGCAGCUUAUUUACAUUAACCCAGCAGCCCAGAGGUGCUAAUCUUUAACAUUUUAGGGACUCAAGGUUAAACAGUGAAGCCAUGCUGGUAGAUUCUGAUCUCUGAGGGACUUUAAAGCGUUUCAGAACCGGUAGCAUCUACCGAUCUGAGACCAGCCGGCUCUUUUAGAGCUCCUGGUGUCCUUGAACGCAGCGGUCCUCUUUAACCACGUAGUCGGUGUGAUUACCCGUCAUUUUUAUACGCUCUGCAGGUUCUAGUGCUUCUGUCCCUUUGUUUAAAGUGUUCCCUGUAAUCGUUCUUAUCAGUUGUGAUUUUCUGCUCUGAAUCGCUCUUUUUAGACGUCUCUUGUAUAAAAUUAUACCCUUUAUUUUUCUCUGCCUAUAAAAGCUGUUGUGAUGCUUUAUAUUUUUGUGUAUUUUUGUCGGUCUAUGAAUAAAAUCUAUAUCUUGUGGUGA